AUGGAAGCUCUGCCUCCUCGAUCCACUAGCAACCCUUCCCUCGACAAGCUCUGGCGCGACCUUGAAGAAGACGCGGCUCUCCUGAGAUACCUACCUUAUAAGCGCGCCACGUUUGAGCUACAGAAUGAGAUCCCCGAAGCAGCGCCCGAGCGACUCCUGUAUGGCGACAUGCUCGAGAACAAGGACCAGCUCUGGAUCUAUUUUACCCUCAAUUCUCAUCAUAAGCAAAGGAGCAACUACGCGAGUAUGUUGACCUUUCAAACCAUCAAAGGCGCUGCACAUCACGAGGCGAGCGUGCGUCCAGGUACAGUCCAGAAAGUCGCACAAGCAUCAAAGGUAUUCAAGCAUGCACAAGGUUACCAAGCAGUCGAGGCAGUCGCCAAAUAUUUCUUCAUCCAAAAAGGUAUCGACAAGCAACUCCAGUUUCCAGUAUCGUCCGCACCUUUUCGAGAUAGUCUUGUACGCGUGUGCCAACAUUACAAGGAAGUGUUCGAUGAGUUGAAGAGCCAAGAUUCAGCAAGCCGGCGUUCAUCGAUCAUGACUACUGGCGGUAAUCAUGGGAUGGAUCCUGCGCGACCCCACGGCUUUCAAGAGCCCUCGCGCGCAGCUUCAGAGGCUCCCUUCCCAGGUCAUUCUUCUUCAGCUUCUUGGAUGCUUUCUCCAGUCCAGUCACGCCUGUCAUCAAGAGCGCUGUCGCACGGCUCGUCUCGGGCUAUGAGCCUGAGUGGCGUCGAGGGUCGUAAGCGCCGGCAUAGCGCAAGUCCUGACCAACCUCAGUUCUCCAAGCACCGAGAGUCUCAUACACAGCCAGGGCGAAGCAACGCGAUCGAGGACAAGGCCGGCGGCUUUUCUUCCUACUCACAGCCACCUUCGCCAUUCCUUGUGACUGCUACGUCUCCUCUUCCCGAGCAUACCCUUGAGGAGAAUAUGGAAGAAGCUCAAGUCAAUGAGAGCAAUCUCGAGUCUGAAAAAUCAGUGGGUGAAGGCCAUCUGGGCGACAUCGAUCGGAACACCAUGAUGGAUCAGUACAUUGCACUUAAGGCUCAGGAAGAAGAGCUCGACGGAAGGAUUGGUGACAUGGAGAUGAAGCGUGCUAAUAUUGCUGAUCAGGCCGCAGAGCUUCAAGCGGAUAUGAAUGCGAUCGACAACCGCAAAGGAGACCUGGAAGAAGAGAAGGCUCGCGUGCGAGCGGAGAAGAGGAAGCUACAGAUCAAGUUGGACGAAGACGAGCAUCUUGACUUCGGCUUCGAAGCAGGACGAAGAAUGGAGGCCAAGCGCCAGAGGAUGAAAUAA